AUGAUUUCGGGGUGCGACAACGCGGGUGAUAUACCAGCCAGAGCGAAGCGCUCCAUCGACAAGACCCCGGGUGGCUUACACCCCUGCCAGGACCGUGCGUGCAGCGUGCGGUCCGUUCCGCCCAGUGCAUGCUGGUCGGCUUCCUUGUCUCCGUCCGGCGCAGCGUCUGCGCUUUCCACCUGCGCCCCCGUCCCGGUCCGCGCUCCCUGCCUCUCCGCCUGCGCCCUCUCCAGGGCACCCGCCGCAGCCCUGGCGCUCCCCGCGGGCCCCGAGGCCGCCUGCGCCCUGUGCCAGCGCGCGCCCCGCGAGCCGGUGCGCGCCGACUGCGGCCACCGCUUCUGCCGGCCGUGCGUGGUGCGCUUCUGGGCCGAGGAGGACGGGCCCUUCCCCUGCCCCGAGUGCGCCGAUGACUGCUGGCAGCGCGCCGUGGAGCCCGGCCGCCCGCCGCUCAGCCGCCGCCUGCUGGCCCUCGAGGAGGCGGCCGCAGCGCCCACGCGCGACGGCCCGGCCUCCGAGGCGGCCCUGCAGCUGCUGUGUCGCGCCGACGGGGGUCCGCUGUGCGCCGCCUGCCGAAUGGCGGCGGGGCCCGAGCCGCCCGAGUGGGAGCCCCGCUGGAGGAAGGUGCUGCGCGGCAAGGAGAAUAAGGGGUCUGUGGAGAUCAUGAGGAAAGAUCUGAAUGAUGCUCGGGACCUGCAUGGCCAGGCCGAGUCUGCUGCUGCUGUGUGGAAGGGACACGUGAUGGACCGCAGGAAGAAAGCCCUGACCGACUACAAGAAGCUUCGGGCUUUCUUUGUGGAGGAGGAGGAGCGCUUCCUGCAGGAGGCAGACAAAGAGGAAGGGUCCCCCGAAGACGAGGAUGCCGACCCUGCAGAGAGGUUCAGGUCCCUCCUGCAGGCCCUGUCGGAGCUGGAGCAGAGGCACCGCAACCUGGGCCUUAGCAUGCUGCUCCAGUGA